GCCGCCAUGAAGUUCCGGGCCAAGAUCGUGGACACCGCCUGUCUGAACCACUUCACUCGUGUCAGUAACAUGAUAGCCAAGCUUGCCAAAACCUGCACUCUGCGUAUCAGUCCUGAGAAACUCAACUUCAUGCUCUCGGACAAGGUGGCCAGUGGAGGAGUGAGUAUGUGGUGUGAGCUGGAACAGGAGAACUUCUUCAGCGAAUUUCAAAUGGAAGGUGUUUCAGAAGAAAAUAAUGAGAUUUAUUUAGAGCUGACAGCAGAAAACUUAUCUCGAGCCUUGAAAACUGCGCAGAAUGCCAGAUCCUUGAAAGUCAAGCUGACUAAUAAAUACUUUCCCUGUCUCACAGUCUCUAUAGAACUGUUAUCUAUGUCAAAUAGUAGUCGCAUUAUAACACACGACAUCCCUGUAAAGGUUAUUCCUAGAAAAUUGUGGAAGGACUUACAAGAACCUAUAAUCCCAGCAUCUGAGGUUAGUAUUUAUUUACCAAGCUUGAAAAUUAUGAAAAGUGUUGUGGAAAAAAUGAAAAACAUCAGCAAUCGCCUUAUUAUUGAAGCAAACCUAAAUGGAGAAUUGAACUUGAAAAUAGAAACUGAACUAGUGUGUGUUUCAACUCAUUUUAAAGAUCUUGGAAAUCCUCCACUGGCCUCUGAAAAUGCUUCUCAAGAUAGGAACCCAGAACAGAUGGCUGAAGUACACAUAGACAUUAGGAAGCUUAUGCAAUUUCUGGCUGGACAACAAGUAAAUCCUACAAAGGCCAUAUGCAAUAUUGUAAAUAAGAAGAUGGUCCACUUUGAUCUGCUCCAUGAAGAUGUGUCCCUGCAGUAUUUCAUCCCGGCCUUGUCAUAGUGCCACCUACCAGAAGUGGUACUUCAGGUGCCUUUGUGAUGACCAGAGAGAUUGUGAGGGCAGCAUGUUCUAGGUCAUAUUUCUGAGUUCUCACAGCAGCACAAACCCUAUACAUUUUACUUUCUCCUCUGUGAUAUUUUAACUAAAAAUUUAAUUAAUGAAACAGUUGGAGAAACCUACCACUUUCUGUUAUUUCUUUGACUGUUUUGUCUGUCUGUUUCGUUUUCUAAACAUGAUAAAAAAAAAAAAAACUAAUUUAUCCAGGCUUUAAUUAGCACUUUCCUAUAUUUAGAAUUGGUAUAGCAUUCAAAUUUGCAAAGAUGUUGUCCGUUGAGAAUGGCACUUCUCCCCCCCAUGCUGCUGUCUCCAACUCAGAAGUCCUCCCUGCAGGAGCAGACCUGGAGCACUCACGUUCCCUGGGUUCACCUCUCCUCCUGCCUCCUUGGCUGCUCAGAACAUCAUAGGGUGUCUUCUGCGCCUGCAGGGCACGGAGCUUUGUGUGACACAGGACACUGCUGCGAGCGCCAACAGGUGGCCUGGCUGUCAGAUUGCCGCUCCUCCAGCAUCUCCCUCAGCUGUGGCUCCCAGAUUACUCCUUAUCUUUAUACUGCGGUCCAUGUGGAUUUGUCACUCUGGAAGACAGUUUGGUGCUUGGAGGAGGAGCUUCAGUGUGUGCUUCAUGCAGAGCCCUGCUUCUGCCUAUGUCACAGCAGGUGCUGCUCCUUGGGGGUCUGCUUGCUCCCCCGAGGCGUUCUGCCCUGUCUCCUAUGAUUACAUCUCCCUCACCCUCCGGAGAGGCCCAGAAACAGCUCCAGAUUACACGGCGAAGUUGAGUGAGGCAGUUUGCUUAGGAUGAGAGAAAGAAAUGAGAAGUCAGCAUGAUUGAGAUGUUCUUUUAUGACUUUCUCCCAUUACUUGGUAAAGCCAGUGCAUUUGAGUCUGAAGGUGUUAACUGAUAAUUGAAAUAUUUGUUAAACCAACAAAACUAUAAUAUUUUGUUAAGCCAACUUUAAAACAAGGCAUCAUUUUCAAUUUGAAACCUCUCCCCCCAUUUAGCUUAUAGCAAAGCCAAUUCCAGUUGUGGUGUUAAAAAUCACGGUGCUCAUUGAUAUGAUACCUGAAGAUAGUUUUGCAAAACUUAAACUGCUAUUAAAGAAACUGUGUUAAUAUGAUUUAACAAUGUGGAAAAUGGGUUACUUUUGAAUAUUCAAAUGAUGAACGUUAAUGUAUAAUCGAUACAGUCUUUUGGUAUAAGUUAGGAGGAAAGCUAUGUUUUUCUUAUUGUUGCACACGUUAGUGUGCCUAUUGUGGCCUCCUUUGGUUGGUGUCUGGUGUUUCCGGCAGCCCUGUAAGACCCUGGGCAGAGAGUGUCGGAGUCAGACUCAGCAGCGCAGACAUCGUGAGGUGAGCAGUGCUGCUUUCUACUCGGCAGUGAGGGCGCCAACUGCCCUGGAGUUCUGACUUCUGGUUUUUCAUCACCCUUCCCCUCCCACUUCCUUGCUGACUGACCCGAGGAACCAGUCAUACUUAAAAUAAAAUAGGCAUUUUAUCAGUCAUUUUACAGAUCUGGAAAAAGUAUUUUAGUUUUAAGUCUGUAGUGAAGUAAGUUUCUGUAUGGCUUUAUGUGAUUUCCCACAUCUCUGAAUAGUAUUUAAUACCUGAUUUUAAUGAACUUACGAUGGCUUAGUAUUUUUUUCUCUGUAGCUGUGGGGAACAGUCCUUCACAGGGAGUCAGGAAGCCACAUCUGUUUCUUAACCUUGCUGCUCAGCUUCCCUAGGGAGGGAGAGGCCUCUCAGAGCCUCGAGGGGAUGGCUGUUCCCCCGUGCUUUUUGGAGGUCAGGAUUGUGGGGUGCAGUGCUGCUUUAUUCAACAACCUACCAGGACAACUUGUUAAGUCAGAAAAAGCAAUUAGUCUAUUUAGAGGAAUCGGUAUAAUUUGCAAAAUCAACCUGUUUCAAGACUAACAUAUUUCAAAGUGUUGAGGUCUUAAAAUAGCUUUCUGGAAUUUAAAGUCACAGUUUUUGCUGUCUGUGGUCAUGUGAGACUUGGCUGUAUGUGGACGACAGUCCUGGGUACUCACACCCAUGCCUAGUUUCUUUUGGGAACCAUUUCUGGAGUUUGGGGCCAUCCUUUGCUGGGUGCCUAGUCUCACAGAGUAGGACAAAUUUCCAGGUGCCUUGUCACCCUAGCUGAAGGGAGCUGCUUACCUACCACAGUGCCCAGGUCUGGCAAGGGCCCUCCUGCUGGGACAUGGACUUGAAUAUGGACCAAGUUAGGACAUGGACCUAAUUUUAACUCCAGGCUGGUACUGCAGUGGAGGUGUUUACUGGCAUUCUUGUGCUUAGGAUUGAUGCCAAGUACAAAGAGCAUUGAUUUAGAGAUGCAGGUCAGUCCUUUCAUGUGGAUUUAAUGUUUAAUGGGGCUAAAAGGAAAGUGAGCAUCUGUGUGUUUUUAUAGCUUCUCAGUGAAGUCAUUGAACCAGGAGGCAUAGGAAUAAUCUGUUACAAGAUGACUAGGUGUAUAUUUUCAUUCCCAGGCACUGUUGGUGGGAGUGUUUAGUUUGCUGUUAGAUAUGGGAAGUCCCAGAAAAGCUGUGACCCGAUGGAUACUUUUGCUUGUAGGAAUUUGCACAAAGAUGAUCAAAGAAGUCCUAGUACUUUGCACUGAAAAAAAAAAAAACCAUGAAGUAUCCUAAAACUUAAUAAUGGUAUCAUAAAAACCAGUGAAUUGGCUAAAUAAUCUAUAACCCGACCCAAUAUUUCAUGCUUUGUACACAAUGUUACAAAAAAAAAAUGUACCACUCUGGUCAAAUGUUUAUGAGUUAAACUUAAAAAGCAAAUUAGACCUGUGUGCCAUCUGAUCUCAGUUUGGAGAGUAGUAGUGUAUGUAUGACAGAAGAGAAUCCAGGAAAAUACCAACAUUUAUACCUGGUUAUUUUUGGAUGUUUUGUUUCAACCUUUGUAUA